ACAUAAAUACACAUUCACACGCACGCUGCUCUGCAGCUGAAAAUGUCGAACCUGCCGCGUGAACUCAUCGUAGACAUACUGUCCCGACUGCCGGUCAAGUCUCUCUGCCGAUUCAAGUGCGUCUCCAAGCCAUGGCGCACUCUCAUCUCUCAUCCCGAUUUCGUCAAAACCCACCUCCACCGCGCCCAAUUCAAGCGACUCAUCUUAGCCUCCGGCAAUUCUCUCUACUCCAUUGACCACGAAACCUCUUUCGAAAACGACGUCGUCGCCGUCGCUCUCGAUUAUUUCCCUCUCGACCAAAACCACCAACUCUCGAUUGCAAUUAUCGGUUCUUGCAACGGCCUCCUCUGCCUUAGGUCUCAACCCAACACCUUCUUCGUUUUCAACCCGGCUACCCACGAGUCUGCCCGAAUACCCGAUGCCCCGACUCCUUACGGGUUCGAUCACGCUAUUUUGGCAUAUGGGUUCGGUUACACUCCCUCUAUCGACGAUUACAAGCUCGUCAAGGCCGUCAACGCACCUCUCGUGGCUGUGUUUUCGCUGAAAACCAGCACGUGGAAAUUGGUCGAGGGCUUCCACUACGAGGUAUGGGAGGGCUCACUUCCAUGUGGGACUCAUCUCAACGGCGCUCUCCACUGGGUAUUCAAGCGUCGCAGCGGAGGUGAGUGCGUCAUCGCCGCCUUUGAUUUAGAAACCGAUACGAUUCUAGAAAUGCCGGUACCGGCAAUUUCUGUGUCGGGUUUCAGCACUGGGUCUUUGAAAGGGUGCCUUUGUUUGAUGGAUCUUGUCUUUGGCCUAAGGCGUCGAGAUAUUUGGGUCAUGAAGGAGUACGGUGUGGGAAAUUCUUGGACUAAGAUUUUGGUCGUGGACCCGUGUUAUGAGGUGAAGCCGUUGUGUUUGUGGAAAAAAUCCAAGAUCUUGAUGACAAUCGAUGGGAACGAGAACGAGAACGAGAACGGGAACGAGCUGGUUCUGUGUAAUCCAAAAGAUGGGACGUGCAAGAAUUUUGAGGUAGUCGACAUUCCGUUUUGGUUUUAUGCAGAUACAUAUGUGGAAAGCCUUGUCUCGCCCAAAUUUUCUGCAAUAGUUUGAAGGUGGUCUAUGUUUGUUUUGUUGUGUUUUCUGAUUUUGAAUGUUAUUAAGUAUUUCUGCUGAUUCUUAAGAGUUCUUUAGCUUGCUUCUUGAGAUUUGGGGCUUGUUGGUGACAUGUGGUUACUUCUUACAUUGUAAUUGUACUAAUUCCACGUUCUCAUUAUGUUUCAAUAGACUUUCAAAACUUUGGGUUCAAA